AUUGUGAUUCACACACUAUAUGCGUGUUGUCGUCCGUCAGUUUGAUCUUUUACCCACCUCGUACAAGAUGGUUCACCAUCAUGCGUUGAAGUUAAUGGAUCUUCCAAUGUUUUACUUGGCUCGCACACAUCAUCUCUGCCCUCUUUUAACUGCUACUGGAGCUGGCGUUAUUACGGGUUUCUUGAUGUACUACUUUUCUUGUUGUUUGCAAGCCAUGGCCCCACGAGGACUUGUGAUCACAGGGUUUAAGAUCCGAAACCGGGAGGUCACCUGCUCGCGGUGGCAUAUAUGCAUCCGAUCCGUUUCGAACUCCGAACCCGCAAAUAGGGUCUUAAUUGCGAAGGGUUUUCGUCAGUGCGCGCUCGAGUUCUUAGGGCUUCGGCAGGCCGGCGACGGGGAGUGGAUACACGUGGCUUCCAUCCGUUGCCAGCUCGGCCACUCGCAGCCGUUCAUCGCCUCAUCCCUGCUAUAUAGUUCCCCCGUCGCCAGUCUGCCUUGUUCGGCCAUUUUCCGAUCAUCUCAGAUCGUGCGCCCGCACGCGCGUUCUUUCCGUUCCUUCCUUUUCUCAUGCUUCCAACAAUUUGAAUCGUUUUGGUUCACAUUGUUUUUUCGUCCUUCGUUAUGAUUAGGGUUUACGUUCUUCUCCAAUUUAGGGUUUUAUAGAGCCGUUUUUUAAAUCGAUGUUGUGGUUUGCAUAGGAUGGAAAGAAUCGCCGAUCUCAGCGUUAUUUGAUUUGGUUUCUUGACGACCACGUAUGCUAUAGCGAUGGCGAAAAAGAAAAAGAAGUCGAAGAAUGGAGAAGCGGCGGCAUCAUCCGCUCCUCCACCUCCUUUAAGGACGAUAAAGAAAAAUGAUAAGAAGAAGAAGAACAAAGGUGCAGUUGCAGCACCUGCCUCGGCGUCUACGGCUUCACCCGCUGCUAAUAAUAGCGCGCCUGAGGGUAAGAAACAGCAGGUGCCCGUAGAGAAGAGCUCGGGGUUCAUCUUUAUGUGCAGCGGCGGGACGAAGCCCGAGUGUUACCGGUACCAGGUCUUUGGGCUCCCCAAAGGAAAGAAAGAGUUAGUCGAGAAGAUCAAGCCUGGCACCAAGCUUUUCCUCUAUGAUUACGACCUGAAGCUUCUUUACGGGGUCUACAGAGCGGCCUGUCAGGGAGGGAUGGACUUGGAACCAGACGCAUUUAGAGGGGGUUUCCCAGCUCAGGUGAAAUUCAAGAUUGAUAAGGAUUGCCUUCCUCUUCCUGAAGCUACAUUUAAACUUGCUAUUAGAGAUAAUUAUAACUUUAAGGGCAAGUUUACCCCACAACUGAAUUCAAAACAGGUCCAUAAAUUGUUGUCGUUGUUCCGUCCUGUUACUCUGCCACCUGAGCCUGCACCUGCCAUUCAUUAUGUUGAGAAUCACCGAUCCCCAGCUCAUUAUUUACCUCCUGCGGAUCCAAAUGGGUCACAAUAUUUGGCACGUACUCCAACUCCUGAGCGGCGCUACAUCUCUCAAGUUCCUCUUUCUGCCAGCGGUCCCUAUGCACGUCUCCGAGUAGUUCCUGCAGUUGAACCUGGACGUGUGCUUUCAUCUUUUGAGCCUGCUGCUGAUCCAUAUUACCCGGUACCUCCAGUCGCAUCAUAUUUUCCGGCACCUCCAGCCAAGUCGUAUUAUCUGGCACCACCAGCUGAUUCAUAUCACCGGGCACCUCCAGCUGAUCCAUAUUCUCGGGCACCUCCAGCCGAACCAUCUUAUCGGGCACCUCCACCCGAUCCAUCUUAUUGGGCACCACCAGCCAAUCCAUCAUAUCGAGCACCCCCAGCCGCACCUCCAGCUGAUCCUUCUUAUCAGGCACCUCUAGCUGAUCCGUCUUAUCGGGCACCUCCAGCUGAUCCGUCUUAUCGGGCACCUCCAGCUGAUUCUUAUAAUCGGGCCCCUCCAGCUGAUCCGUCUUAUCGGGCACCUCCAGCUGAUUCUUAUUAUCAGGCCCCUCCAGCUGAACCGUAUUAUCGGGCACCUCCAGCUGAUUCUUAUUAUCGGGCCCCUCCAGCUGAUUCUUAUUAUCGGCCCCCUCCAACUGAUCCGUAUUAUCGGGCACCUCCAGCUGAUUCUUAUUAUCGGGCCCCUCCAGCUGAUCCGUAUUAUCGGGCACCUCCAGCUGAUCCAUAUUAUCAAGCAUCCUCAACUGAUCAAUAUCAAGUGGAGUCUGUGCGAGCUUAUUAUCCAGAAAAUCCUGUUCCAUCUGCAAGGAUUCGUUAUAGGAUGGUGCCUGAGAUAAUUCCAAGUGAUCCCCUGCUUGCAAGGGACUAUGACACUGUAACAUCGAGGGAGGGAGGACUGGCUCCACAGACAGAUCGUGCUGCUGACGAUGAGCUCUACAACCCUGACCAUGCAACCUCAAGCAGGGUGGCUGCGUCAUCCAUGCCUGUUUCUUCACUCUACCCAUUUGUUGGUGCAAUGCCAUAUCGCUAAUUGUUUGACUGGUGAAUGUUUUGAUGCCGUCCCUUAUCUGUUGCUUUCAUAUGUUUGACUGGACUCAGCCAGUGUCAUGUUUUGUAAGAAGGCAGCUAGCUACUCUAGAUGUUGUGAUUAAAGGCUUCGUGUGAACCAUUGUUGCAAAUUAAUGAAACAACUAUUCUUAGGACAA